AUGACAGUACUAAACCUUUUUCAGCCUGAGAAUGUGGUCAUUCUAAAUGGCUGCUCCGCUGUCUUCUCUGCUCUGGCCAUGGUUCUGUGUGAUCCAGGGGAGGCCUUUCUAGUCCCCACCCCCUCCUAUGGGGGCUUCGCCUUUAGUACCCACCUGUAUGCGAAAGUCAAGCUGGUUCCUGUCCACCUGGAGAGUCAGGUCACUGAGGCAAACGGCUACCCCUUCCAGCUCACUGUGGAUAAGCUGGAGCAUGCCCUGCUCAGGGCUAAGAUUGAGGGGAAAAAGGUCAGAGGUCUUGUGCUAAUCAACCCUCAGAAUCCUCUGGGAGAUGUCUAUUCCCAAGACUCCAUGAUGGAAUAUCUGGAAUUUGCCAAGAAGUACAACCUCCACGUGAUUGUAGAUGAGAUGUACAUGCUGUCUGUGUUUGAUGAAGCCAUCACAUUCCACAGUGUUCUGAGCAUGAAGAGUUUGCCUGAUCCCAACAAGACCCACGUGAUCUGGGGCGCCAGUAAGGAUUUCUGCAUCUCUGGCUUCCGCUUUGGCGCUCUGUAUACCCACAACAGGGAGGUGGCCUCUGCCAUGAGCUGCUUUGGCUACCUCCACAGCAUCUCUGGCAUCGCCCAGUACAAGCUGCAUCAGCUGCUUCAGGACAGAGAAUGGAUUGACAAUAUAUACCUGCCCAGUUAUCACUUCCUGCUGCAGGAGGCUCACAGGUAUGUCACUCGCAAGCUAAAGGCAUCGAAGGUCCCUUUUCUCAAUCGUGGCUCCGGCCUCUAUGUCUGGAUCAACUUGAAACAGUACCUGGACCCAUGCACAUUUGAGGAAGAGCUGCUCCUCCAUCGCCGCUUCCUGGACCACAAGCUGAUCUUAUCCCCAGGCAAGACCUUCAUGUGUAAGGAGCCUGGCUGGUUCCGUCUCGUCUUUGCAGCCAGGCCCCACCUGCUAAGAAACGCCAUGCGUCGGUUCCAGCAGGUGCUAGUGGAGCAGGCGCAGGAGCGUACAGUGAAGCAACUGGAGGAGGCAGUGAAGGAGGAAGUGCCUACCUCCCAGCCAGAGGCUCCAGCCAGGCCCGCUCUCAGGAAGUCCUGAUGUCAGCCUUGGAUCUGGAAGGCUGGGCGCUCACCUGGAGCUGUGACCAAACAGUGGCUCCUCCAGGCAUGAGUGCGUUUGACCCCACCAUCAGCCCCCUUAAGCAUCUGUCAUUUUGGAAGCUUUACAUCUUCUUAGUCUCUACGAGCCAUUGCGUGUGUGCAAAAUGUUUUUAUGGGAAUUCUGGUGGGAAAGCCUAGAGGAGGAAUAAAGGGAGCUCUCUGGGUCCCUGUUUAGGUGGGUUAACUUUUAUAUUCUGUAUCUAAUAAAUUCCAUAUU